CGCCAAUGUCAUGACAACACGCGUAAACUCCCGAUGAUUUAUUUUUGUCAACACAUGGAAAGGUGACAUUAUUUGUUUACAUUUUUCAAUCCGUAAGUCAAGCCAGUAGAAUGCCACAUUUGAAGGAGCCGAAAGAGAAAGAACCUUUAUGGAAAGAAUGGGAUUACUUGGCACAGAAGAAAGGCAUCCGACACACUGUUUAUUCUGUGAAUGGUGAUCAAUUUACUGGAGAAUGGCUAGACAAUAAAAAAGACGGUAAAGGUACAUACAAGUGGAAAGAAAAUGGUGCAAUCUACGACGGUGAUUGGAAGAAAGGGAAGAGGAAUGGGUUUGGUACAUACAGUGUUCCUAAACCUAAUAAUGGAUAUAGAAAAGAAUACUCAGGAGGAUGGAAAAAUGAUAUGAGACAUGGUUAUGGUACACAGUUUUAUGGUGAUAAUGAAUACUAUGAAGGAGAAUGGUAUGCAGAUAAAAGAAGUGGAUGGGGUCGCAUGUACUUUAGUGAUGGGACAAUUUAUGAAGGAGAAUGGUUUGAUGAUCAAAGAAAUGGACAAGGAAUGGUUAGAUUAACAAACGAAAACCGUUAUGAAGGGUCAUGGAAAGAUGAUAAGAAGAAUGGUCCAGGUAAAUUUUUCUACCUGACAAAAGGACAGGUAUAUGAAGGUGUAUGGAAAGACGAUAUUGCUAAAUGUGGCAACAUGAGAGAUUUUGACAGAGAGGGAGCACCUGAACCUACUAAAUACCCUAUACCUGAUGUUAAAUUAUUAAAUGCAGAGUCAGUAUUACAAGAAGCCGAAGAACAAUUUUUACAAGACCAUGAUUAGGACACAAAUAUUAUAUUGUAUUAUGUUACUGCCAACUGAUAAGAAAUAUGCUGCAUUACAGAGCCAGUGAUUGAUUUUGAUCACGUCAGAAAUGCUUGUUAUUUAAGAUGUUACUCCAUAUAAAUGUUUUUUCUUUGAAGUUCUGAUAAUUUUAAAUGAAUAAAUUAUGAUAGCUAUAUAUUUUACACAUUUUUUUCAGAUGCAACAUAAAUCUUUCAAUUUUACUUGUUAUUUCAAGUUUGAUAAGUUUUUAUCAAGGUGUUGACAUUUCAUAUUUUUUUUUUUCUAGCACCAUUUGCCUUUUCUCUUUUCUUAAAAUAAUCUCUCUCAUGUUUUCUAAUCAGGUUCUGAGUUCAUAUGAUAAUCAUAGAGGUCAUAUAUUUUCAGUGGUCAAGGGAAAUAACUCACACUAAAUUGAGUUCUUACUCUCGAGAACUUGAGUUCUGGUGACAAAAAUCAUGGAGUCACUUAUUUUGAAAUGUUUAUUUACUCAGUAGAGACAUUAAAACUAUUUCAAUGUUAAGGUUGGUAAAACAUUAAUUAGACCUUUAUUGAUUAUUCAAAUUUUGAUAAUGAAAAGUACUUUUAUACAUGUAGUUUAACAUUUUAAAUUACUUCCCUUUGGUCACAACUUUGGCUUUGUUUACAAAUAUUCUACUUCAGAAAUAUGACAUUUAAACCAUAUCCAACAAACUGUAAGUUCAAAAUAUCAUUCUUGUUGAAAAUAACUACUGAUAAAAAUAAUUUCAGUUGCUAUGCCUACAAGUUCUCCAUACUGUAGCAGUUCAUUUCUAUUUUAUACUAUGAAUUUAAAUGAUUUUCAGAGGCCUUUGAAUGUGAUGUAAAGGCUAAAAUUUGUAUAUUCUUUA